AUGUUUAAAAGCGCCAUGCACAGAAGCGUGGGUGUGAUACCUCGCUCUUUGGCUAUUACUUCGUUCAACAAGCAGUUCGUGGGUGCUCCUGUAGCACUUGUUCGUUACAAUUCUUCAUUUGAUCAAUUGAAAAAUUCCAAGGCUAACCAAAAAAGCUCCAACUCAAAAAAGAACAAUAACGGCAUUAAUGACAUAAACGAGUUAUUGAACUCGUCGUUGGAGCUUUCUGAAAAUUCUGCAUUUUUACAUUCCAAGUCCAGCGACUAUGGUUUGGGAGACGUUGUUCCAAACCCAAGAGAUGUAGCCAAAAACAUCAGAGAAAUGGGUCCAGUUGCUGGUAGAGCUGUAGAUGUUCACUACGGUGGAUUGGGCAAGGCAUUCGCCGGAGUGAGAAGACUCGGGUUCACCAACAAAAUAAAGCAUUACCAAAAGGUGCAGGAGAGAUACAUCCGUCCAGCCAAGUAUGCUAAGCAGAAGAAGAGAGAAUGGUGGAGAAGAAAGUUCUCCGAAGGGUUCAAGGACUUGAUGUCGCAAGUGAACGAUGCCAGAAGAAGAGGAUAUUAA